AUGGAGUCGACAGACCCAGCUUCCGAGCAGGCUUCAACCAUGUUCCGCCCCCCGGUGAACCGUCUCAUGACCGUCCUCGACCGAUCAUUUUUCCGAACAAGUGUGCCCCUCGCAGCCGCGCGAAUCUUCAAACCCAGCGAUGUUUCGAACGUACGGAAGGACCUGCUGAAGAGCAGUGACCUUUUGACCUUGCCGCGUGUCCAAGGUGUGCACGAAGUCAAGGACGAAAACGGCCAAGUGCGCAAGGCUUUAUUGCUGCGGGAAGGCGUGAAGCACGAUGAUGAGGAAACGUGGUCGCCAACUAUCAACGAGCUCGUGAAGAAGGGAACUGUGACCAUUGGGCCUUUUGAAUUGGUAUUGGAUUACGACUAUUGGCAAUACCACGAUAUUAUCUCAGCAAUCUUACCAGAGGAACUGCUGUCAGAUGUCCCUCAUGGCUUCACUCAAGUGGGGCAUGUCUUGCAUCUCAAUCUUCGCGAAAAAUACGUGCCGUAUAGUCAAAUUAUUGCAGACAUUCUUAUGGACAAGUGCCCCAAUGUUCGGACUGUUAUCAGGAAAACCGAAGAUGUCGGCUCACAAAGCGAGUUCCGCACCUUCCCAUACGAACUUCUGGCUGGCGAAAACGACUUGAACGUCGUUCAACACGAGCAGAAUUGUGAAUUCAGAUUUGACUACGCCCGUGUCUACUGGAACAGUCGCCUGGAAACCGAGCACCGCCGCUUGGUCGACAAGUUCCAGCCCAGCGAAAUGGUCUGCGAUGUGAUGGCCGGUGUUGGUCCUUUCGCCGUACCGGCAGGCAAAAAGAAUAUCUUCGUCUGGGCGAACGACCUCAACCCGCAUGGAUAUGAGGCUAUGCAAGAUGCCGUCGUUCGGAACCGAGUGCGAGAUUUCGUUACUCCGUUCAACCAGGAUGGGCGGGACUUUAUUCGUUAUUCUGCGAAGGCUUUGCUAAAGGCGGAGCCUUUGACUGUCAGCGUCGGCGUCAGCAAUGAUAAGAAGCGCAGACUUCAGUCAAGUAAGAAGCCGCUACCUGAGCCCAAGAAGUAUACCCGCCCUACCAUUGUCGACCACUAUGUUAUGAACCUGCCUGCUAUCGCCAUUGAGUUCCUUGAUGCCUUCCCCGGGCUCUAUGCUGGCAAAGAGGAGCUCUUUACGCCUCAAUCAGGGCAGAAACUGCCCAUGAUCCACGUUUACUGUUUCUCGGGAAAUUCAGAAGACGAGGUGGAUGACCACAAAGAUAUCUGUCAAAGGGUCUCUGAGCGUCUUGGGUACACGAUCACUGUUGACGACUGCGUGGGAGGCAAGGGCGAUCAAGAUGUGGAACUGGCCAUCUACAACGUGAGGCUAGUCAGUCCCAAGAAACAAUAUUUCUGUGUUAGCUUCCGUUUGCCGCGGGAGGUCGCUUUUCGGAAGGUUUAG